GAAUUAAGCAACCUUUCCGUCAAUCCCACAAAAUAGCCUUGCAAUCACGGCUACCAACACCCGUUGAAAGCACUUUUUGGUCUAAACAUGCUGCCUCCUUGUUUCACUAAAUUAGACCAAUUCAGUCAAAAGAGCUUGUUUUCACCACUUUUGCUCUUCGCUGCGCUGCAGCUCCGCAUCCACAUUCAACUCAUCCUUCAUUGAGAAAUGGGACUUGUAUGUCGGUUCAGAAACCUAUGGGUAUGCUCUUGAUUCAUACGAGCGGCAUUCAGCUUGUCGUCUCCGCCUGAGAAAAUGAGCGCACCGCCGCCGUUGUCCGCCGAUGGAUCGGUGCCGUUGACGCCGGAAGGGGAUGCGCCCCAGGCUCAGACGGAUUUUGUCUACAGCGACAGCCAAGCCAACGCAACGAUCGCAUUCGGCGCCAUCAUUACGAUUAUCACAACUGCCUCUGUGAUCGCUCGACUCUACACGCGUUAUUUCAUUACAAAGCAAGUCCGCAUAGAUGAUGCAUGGGCUCUACUCGCUCUGUUCAGCACUAUUGCUGUCAACAUCAUGCAAAGUGUUUUCACCAAGGUUUAUCUACCUACCAUGCUGGCCAUGGUCACAGCCAAUAAUGAAGGAUCAAAAAUCCCUUAUGCCGUCGGGAUUACAUACAACAUCGCCAUGGCCGCCUUGAAGAUGACUUUCCUAUUUCAGUUCUAUCACAUCUUCCGAAACGUGCGCAUCAUGAGAAGAGUAUACGUUGGCGCCAUCAUCUUUGUCGCAGCUUGGACUUUGGCGCAGAUCUUGCUCCAGAUCCUGAUCUGCUUGCCGAUAGAAGCCAACUGGGAUCACAGUGUACGGACCGCCAAGUGUCUCCCGAGCGUGCUGUCGACGUACUUCAAUGCGACAGGAACAUUGGUGACCGAUGUGAUCGUUCUCUUCCUGCCCCUUCCUACUCUUUGGAGUUUGAAGCUGAACAGCAGUCAACGUUGGGCGGCGUUGGGUGUAUUCGGCAUUGGCGCAUUAGUUCCCAUCAUGUCGGCUGGUCGUAUUUGGAGUUUGACACACGCACCGCCAAAAGGGUACAUGAGUACAGCGUGCUGGACGAUCGCGGAGUUGGGCGUUGGCGUCACCACGGCAUCUCUAGCAACCAUUCGUCAGCUCCUGGAUCGAAAAGUAAACGAACUAUUCCAAAGACACCAAGAGAUGGCUCGGCGACAGUCCGCCAUGGUGACCGUCGGAUCGCAGACGAAUACUACACAACAGUUCAACACUCGAUCUAACGGCAGCGAAGUGGAUUUGAUACACGGCAGAUGGCCUCACACAGGAACAAACAGCGCUCUUGGCAAUCAUGGAUCCCCGAGAUCUACAAGCUCUUUGAGCAAGGUCUUUGAGGUGUUCACUAAGGAGAAGUUCCUCCGAAGCUCAACGGGCGGUAGCCAAGGUGACCAGUCGGGAUUGAAUCUGCAAAAUGGUGCGACAAGUACCAUGGUCACGACGUCCCGCAAUCACAGUAUCUCUAUGUCCGAGGGAGCCGCUAAUUUCUUGGGCGAGUUUGGCAUUCUAGUAGAGAGAACUUGGGAGGUCGAGGAGAUCCGCAUGGAAUAGCGGGAUGGCCGAUGUGACCGCAAGUCCGACCAGAUUAAUGAAGUAAUACGAUAUAAAUGUGUAAUUGUCUAAAAAGCAUCCC